AGACCGCUUUUUAUCAAAACUUAAUAUGAUUGUUAUAAGUUAUUAACAUCUCUUUUCUCUUAAAAUAGAUGAUAGAUUAAUACUAAUGCAAGGUUUCUUUUGAAUCAGUGAAAUCAAAUAAAUUCAAUAUGUCAGACAUAUUGAAGUUAACAAAAAUCAUGAAAUGUAUGAGAAAACAAGUUUCGCAGAUUGUGUUUCGGAUAAUUGGAAGUUCAAUCGAUAACACAGUGAGUGGAGAGGAAUAGAGAUUUCUUUGACCCGAGUUUACAGCAUAAAGAAACGGGACUUUCAGUUUCGUCUGGACGUCCGUAAGUACAACAUCGUGAGUGUAACGGUCGAAUAGGCACGCGCGUGAAAGUUUUUGUCUUUCAAGCGCCCAGCCUCCUCCGUACGCUAAGUCAAUCGACGCGACGCGACGCAAGGAGAUACGAAGAGACGCAGGUAUUUGAGCAUGCGCGAGCUUCCAAAUUAGAAGGAAUUAGCGGUAGCGAAUAACGUCAAAUUUCAGAUCUUUAUUGUAUGAUUAUAAAAUACUAUAAUCAGUGGCGCAUCUAAGGAUAUAGAUGUAAUGAACAUUCAGAGGCUUAUGUAAUUUUUGUUUGCAAUGAAUUUCACUAACUUAUAAAGUGAUACAAUUUAAUGUUUAAGCUGUAUUUUAAAUUUAAGUUCUUAAUGUGUAUACGUAUUUAUUUUUCUAAAUAUUUUAUCAAACAGACUGCGCUUAUUCUUUAAAUUGGUGCAAAUAUCGAGAUGUUUAACCAGCUGGUAAAAACACACAUCCUAUCUUACCGUGUUAUGUGUCAUUAAUGAUUAUUAAAAUAUUCAUAUUUCAGUAUUAAAAAUCGAUAUCGGUGUAUUUAGAAAAGUCUACCAAACGUGAAUUUAGAUGAUUAUUUUAUGGUGGGUAACAAAAUAUGAAAUAACAAAUAUUUUAUUGUACAGAUUUUGGAGGAUGUUAUCAUGAAUCGCGCGUUAUUAACGAGAUCACGUACACAAUACUGACGUAAUACAUAUUUUACUGUUUGUUGAAUAUGCCGACACGCUAACUGCCUGAAAGUAAUUGGUAUUUUUCUACUUUCUCUGGCGAAAAGAAAAGCUAUAUUAUCCCUCUGGUCAUUUAGCAGAUUCUGGCACAGAGUUUGAUACGAAACGUGAAUCUGCAUGUAUGAAAGUUGUCCCUUGCCUGGGGCUGUUUUGCCUUUCUUGUACCAUCGAUAGAAAACUCUUACUUAUUAGUAUGUGGUGAACAGACUCCGCCGUUCAGACGUUAAUCAACUAAAGGAACAAGAGACGGCCCUGAAUGAAUGCGAGUGAAAGUUUGCGAGUUAAAUAUUUCUUGCGACUUCUCUUCAUGGACCGUUUCUACAAUACGAGCUUCCUAUAAAUUUAUAUACCUUGAAUCUCCAUUUUUUAUGUUCAUUUUUAGACAUCAAGGGUGCAGCGUAUAAUACGUGAACAUCGGGCAGUGGGCUGUAACGACGUGAAAGUGGCCGGUUGGAAGUGGCGGAAUGCGGAGUGCUGGGCGCCUAUGACCUGUACGCUGAUCCAUGCUACUAGCACUAUUUCUUUCAAUAAGACAAAGAAAGAUGAAAUGUUAAGAAGAAAACAGGAAUUUUGAGAAUGAAAGUGCGCGGCAUAUAGCCCGCAACCGAGGAUUCUGAAAAGAGUAUGCAGCGCUGGUUACUAGCCCUAGACGAACCUGCAUCCAACCCAUGCGGUAACGAUCAUCAACCACGAACCAUCGGGGUGAUGCUGGAAUCCGGGAAAUUUUGUUCCAGUGCCGCAAUCGCAACAGCCUUGACAGUUUCAGCCGGAAAUCAGACUAGUUUCAAUGAUGAUGGCGCAAAGUUAACUUUGCCGAAUGUACGAUACGCUUGCAAUACGGAUAACUUGUACGCUGUACCAAGAACUGACCUACAUGAAACAGAAUGGAUACAGCCUAACUCGGUAGAGGGAGAAGUCUCCAAAUUUAUAGCUGGUUCGUCAACAACAACAACAGCAACAACAACAAGAACAACAACCACCACCACGAGAAAUUAUCUAAGAAGAUGUCGAACUUCCACCAGUUCCGGCUAUUCCAGUCAUUCUCCGCCAUUAUCAGCUGGUUCUUAUUCUUGUUAUGCGUCGGCGGUUUAUGGACAGAAUUUUUUUCGGAGCGUACCUCUAACGAUGAAGGAUCAAUUCGAUGGAAGCUUAGCAGUUAUUCACGAAAGCGAGUCAAUUCCACGUCCAAUUUGGCCGUCCUCGUUUCCUAGCCCACGCGAAUUUUAUCAGAAUGACGAAAAUCCUGAAUACGAUGCUUUGUAUACGUGUUGGGGAUGCGAUUGUACAUACACUUCCUCCUACUGCGAUUGGAAUCGUGAAAAAUCUGCAGGCACAUCCACACACGAGGUCCUCCUUGAACUGUCUCGAACUCUAAAUUCUGUGAUAGAAGGUGAGAGUAUCGUGACACCGGAAGAGAUCUUACAAAGUAUAUCGCAUAAAGUUGCUCAAGGAAUGAAUGGAGGAAUCUACGAGUACGUUUACAACAAUUCAUCUUUCUUGCCAAGUAAAAAGUCGUUCGUGAACGAAAAUAAUUCAUGCCUGUUAAACUGUAACAAAAAUUCAUCGUCCAAGAUGAAUCCAAUUAAUUCAAAACUCUAUAGCAAUACUCGGCGUUUUUAUAUAUACAAUCCGGCAUGGUACUCCUGCUUGUGUACCUGCGAACGCAAUCAUAAAUUUAUAUCGUCUUUGAAGACUGACGAACAAGUCGUAACAAAUAAUGAACUGGAAAAGAAAGAAGGUUCGACAAUGGUUUUGGUAGACGAUUAUUAUCAAGGAACGAAUUCAUGGCCAACAUUACAAAACAAUAAAAAUAUUUGCGAAUGUUUGAAUCAUUCAACUCGUUAUGUUAAAACGAUACAAAAUAGAUACGAGGAUCAUGUUAGAACUGAUGGGAAAAAAACAAUUAACAUCAAUGAAGGAAGCAAGCAUAAUAGGAACAAAAUUGUUCCAAGUGAGCCAGAAUAUGCAAUGCAGCUGGAGAGCGGUUAUAGUGACUCGUUAAAUGGAGAUGUAGUCUUCUCAUCCAGCAAAAAUAAUUGGGAUUAUCGUAUGCAAGGAUUCAUUGGAGAUUUAGAUUUCACUCUGGACGUUUCUCGAGCGGAACGCUUAGGGCGAACGAUUGCAAAAGCAAAGCGUAAGAGACAGUGGUGUAGAACUUUAACCGCUUUUUUUGGACUAGUCUUUUUUAUUUUAAGUGUCGUCAUUGUUUCGUUAUCCGUAACGAGAGGUCGUAAAGUAUUUGGCAGUAUAUAACAUGUAUGAAUUGUAAAAUGGUACUUUAUUGUUAUCAUUCGAUUGAAACACUUCUCGUAACAAAAUUAUGGACCGGCACUUGAUUUAUACAUAUAUUUCUUAGUACCUUAUACCGUUAAGUAAAAUUAACAGGAUUAAGAUCCUGUUAGCAAUAUAUGGCUGUGACCAUGUUCUUAUGUACGAAUAAUAAUAUCCUAUAUGUAUACCCAGAUAAAAUCAUAUUAAUUAAUAAAUAAAAUAUACAAUGUAAAUUCAAAA